CGUUAAAAUUAUAAGAAAGUAAAAUUACGUUAACCGUGAUUUUGAAAUUCAGAAAUUGAGUAAUUCAAACACGCUCGUGAUUUUAGAACAAUUGCAACGUGGGUCAGCCAAAGUCACUAUAAAUUCCACUCACACAAGUCAUUAAAAGUAUCUGCUUUUGCUUCUUCUUUGCGAUCAUCAUUGAUCAAUGUCUUCUGUGCAUAUCCUGUGUUCAUGCACUAGUCAGGGUUCUUCCAUUGGAUAUAGAUACCCCCAUGACAGGAUCAACAAGAAAAGAUAUUCAAUUAGAGUUGAAGGUGGGAGUGGAAUUGUUCUGCCAAAUUCAGAGGAAGGGAGAAAGAGGCUGAGAGUGUUGGUGGCUGGUGGGGGCAUUGGUGGUCUUGUGUUGGCUCUGGCUGCAAAGAAAAGAGGGUAUGAAGUGAAGGUAUUUGAGAAGGAUUUGAGUGCUGUGAGAGGGGAAGGUAGGCACCGUGGCCCAAUUCAGCUCUUGAGCAGUGCUCUUGCAGUGUUGGAAGCCAUCGAUCGGAGUGUUGCAGGGCAGAUAAUGGAGGCUGGUUGUGUCACUGGCAAUAGGACUAAUGGCCUUGCUGAUGGUCUAUCUGGGGAGUGGUUCAGUGUGUUUGAUCUUUUGACUCCUGCUUCGAGGAAAGGGCUUCCUGUAACUCUAGUCAUAUGCAGAAUGACACUGCAAGAUAUAUUAGUGAAAGCAGUUGGUUCCAACAUACUUAGAAACAAAUCUAAAGUUGUGGAUUUUAUUCAAGAACCUAGCAAGGUUAGAGUGAUCCUGGAAAAUGGAGACCACCAUGAUGGUGAUAUUUUAAUAGGGGCAGAUGGAAUAUGGUCAGAAGUGCGAUCAAAACUCUUCGGGUGGCAGGAAGCAAAGUACUCAGGUUUCACAUGCUACAGUGGAUUAACAAACUAUAUGCCCCCAUAUAUUGAUACUAUAGGGUAUAGGGUGUUCUUGGGGUUGAACCAGUACUUUGUUGCUUCAGAUGUUGGCCAUGGGAAGAUGCAAUGGUAUGCUUUCCAUGGUGAACCCCCUUCAAGUGACCCUUUCCCUGAAGGUAAGAAGAAGAGGCUUUUGGAUCUCUUUGGUAACUGGUGCAAUGAAGUGAUUGCACUCAUAUCAGAAACACCCGAGCAUAUGAUUCUGCAGAGGGAUAUAUAUGACAGGGACAUGAUCAACACUUGGGGAAUUGGGAGAGUGACUUUGUUAGGUGAUGCAGCACAUCCAAUGCAACCAAAUCUUGGUCAGGGGGGUUGUAUGGCAAUAGAGGAUUGUUACCAACUGAUACUUGAGCUUGACAAAGUUACUAAACAUGGGUCUGACGAGUCUGAAGUUAUCUCAGCCCUUAGAAGAUAUGAGAAGAAAAGAAUUCCACGAGUUACGGUGUUACAUACAGCUAGCAGGAUGGCAUCAAAAGUGCUAGUAAACUACCGACCUUAUAUUGACCUUAAAUUUUGGCCACUAUCGCAGAAGGUAGCAAAUAUGCAGAUAAAGCACCCUGGCAUUCAUGUAGCUCAAGCGUUUUUCAAGUUCACUUUUCCACAAUUUGUUACUUGGAUGAUUGCUGGCCAUGGGUUGUGGUGAAGAUAAACAUGCAACGUGUUGAAAAUAAAAAGGGCUCACCAAUUUUUCCAUGAUCUCAUUGAAAAUAAAAAUGGCUCACCAAUUUUACCAUGAUCAUAUUGAAAAUAAAAAGGGCUCACCAAUUUUAGCUUGAUCAAAGUUAGAGUAAUUUUAUUGGGCUAUGUAGGUAUUUUUUUUCUCUUGGACUAGAAGCGCCAUAAUUUAUACCCAUCAUUUUCACUGGAAUUCUUGUUCCAAAUGUUUAGAAAUUAAACAAAAAAGAGAAAAGUAGAGUAGGUCCUCUUGAGAACCAAAACUGGACACGACAUGGAAAAACGCAUCUUAUACUCCAUCCCAUGUUUUGUAUUGUGAUCAACAAAUUUGAGUAACGAAGAAAGUUAUAAAUAAAAUGAGAUCGAAUUUAUCAGGGACA